UGUUGAGCACUACAAGUAUGUCGGCCACGAGUCAGUUUGCCGAAGUCCAGUUCGAAAGGAGUGAAACAGUGAGGCUCAAGAACGUCAGGACGGAACACUACGUGUGCGUCCGCUCCGUGGGCUCGAAACACGUCCUGGAGGCAAAACCGCUGCACGUGCUUCAGGACGACGAGGUUACAUUCAAAUUUUAUUUCUAUAGAACAGCUGACAUUGAAGACACCCAGCUUGUUCUACCAAGACAUGAAGCUACCCAGAAAUAUAUAAGCAUGGACAAGAAAUACAGACUAAAUCUUAAAGAUGAUCCAUAUGAGAUGCCCCGUUCUCCUGAGGAAUUAAAGGAAGCUGACAACAGGUUCUUCUACAUAAAAUUCCCUGAAGGGGACGCGACAAGGAUAUUGUUAGAGGGAAUGAAUGGUUUACGGAAGAGAAACUAUUUUUUGGCUGCCGGAGAAAAUUUAAAGAGUGUUGUUGUGAAAAUGCAUGAAGGGGACGUGUAUCCAGAAGACAUCAUGUUUUUCUAUGAAAAGGUCACUGAUAAUCAUAUUAACUCUGUUUAAUUGUUUAGGUACUGCAGAGGUUGAAAAUACCGUUUCAGUUGCAGGGUCCUUUUUAUUUCGAACACGACCGGUUUCGGACUCUUACAUGCCCAGUAUCAGGUGUUACACUGAGAAUAAACAAGAGACCGGAGAUAAUAAUAGCUUUUACAAGCAGUAGUACACAUAAAAAAAGCGAAAAAGUAGUUCCAUAUAACAUUUUGGAAACCAGCGGUCGGGGUAGGUCCUGUAAAACAUAAGUGAAUGGUGAAGUGACACCAGAUAACACCUUGGACGACUGCCAGGGUAAAGAAAUAUGCAGUGAACACAAGGACACUUACACUUUGCGCCGUCUGUUGACGGGAAGAAGAAUGCCUAGCCGUUCACAAUUUCAAUUAGUGAUUCACUUUCAAAGCGACAAAAAAAUCAUUAUAUAGCAUGUUACAUGAAAAACGUUUAAAGUACAUUAUGAGUGGUAAACGAACAUACUGAACUGGGCAGUUCAGAACUGUAGUAAAACCGACUAAAAUCCGGCGACAAAAUUAAUGUAUAAACCGUAAAACACAAUGAAAAUUUUUCCCUUUCCACGAGUGGCAUGCAAGUGUUUAAUUUACUGGGGAUAUACAGGCGACGUUGAACAACAUGCCACACUAAUGAGUUAAAAGAACAUGAACAUGUGCCAUUCCUAUUAAAAGCCAUCUCGUCACUGUACAAAAUGGAAGGUAGCAAAGCCUUACAGUCAACACUGUCAAAAACUACUAUGCCAACUAAUAGCUAGCAGCAAUAGCACUAAAGGGACACAUUAAAAGUAGGAACAGUUUUAAACCUGCUAACUAAAAGUCGACGACUAAACAAGGCUUACAUAAGAUAAGACCUGAGACAAAUUUUACAUCAUGAAAGACAGGUACAUUUUAAAUUAGUGAGGAUACUGAUAGCGACGCACAAUAAUGCGCCGUAGUUAUAGGAUAGAAAAUAAAAAAUAAGCAAACUCCUACUAAAAGACGGCCGGCCGAUGUGGCCGUGCGGUUCUAGGCGCUUCAGUCUGGA